UUCUCUUGACUUGGACACCUUCUUCUUCUUCUGCUUCUUCUUCUUCUUCUCUCUCCCUCCCCUCCCCUCUCUCUCCCCAUCCCCUCCCCGAUUCUUCUCAUCCCGUCCUCUCUUCUUCCGUGCUCAACGAUUCUUCCGACCCGUUCCACUGUCGCCUAUCCGUCGGGGUCUUUUCUCAAUUGCUCAAAUUCCCGUGCUUUUCUGGACUUUCUGUCCGCUUGGACUCAUCUGCUUCGUUCUCUUUCUGUUUCGAUCUUGUCCCCGUUCUCGAACGCUCUUUUGACUCAGUCUAGAACUGCCUCGGAUUGCCGGGUCCGAGGUCGAACCUGCAGAAUUUAGUGCAUAAUAUUAAGGAACUCGAUUAUCUGCCUACUUCUGUAUUGACCUUCCUGACUUCCUUACGUCCCGACUCAACCCUCUCCCCUCUUGCAUUCCGUUUUAUUCUUCGUCCAAGAAUUAGCUCGAGAACCCGGCUCUCAGCAGAAAAACUCAAGAUUCGCAGAUGGCUUGAAGGAUUUCGUGCACAGACGGCGCUGACAGGCUAGAUGGUUUUCAGAAAACUUUAAUAUCUCUUCGCGGGCGGGUUACACUUUGUCUGCGGGACCUCGAGUCUCGAAGACAAUUGCUGUCACCUUGGGCCCGGUCGUUAUACUACUACAUCGAGUCUCGACUGCCAUCCUCGAAAACAACCCAUCGAAAUCCUUGGGUCCAGCUGCAAAAAAUUUCCUUACAAAACCGGUGCAGGAAACGAUCAUGAAACUGGAACAUAGACGGGAAAUUGGCAUAUGCAGGGGAGUCGCAAGAAGAGAACGAGGUCACGCUUCUGUCUCGGAUGGAUUCGGUCCCUCCGGCAAACUAGGCAGAUGGCAACGAUCCCAUGAUUCUGUGUUCAUGUGCUGCAGCUUUAUCUUCAUCUUUUUCGCGGUCAUCAUCACAGUCUCUUAUUUCUUCGAGCCUGCAAUUCUUGUCAAGGAUGAUUCCAGGUCGGAUUAUGAGAUGCAAGAUCAAUCGGGGAUCGAGGAAUCCCUGAUUGAAUUUGUGAAGCCUUCAGGUCCUGAGAGACAUCAACUUCAAGAAGUGGGUGAUUUCAAGAGCACCUUGGAAUAUUCAGACGACGAGCGUAUUGUUCCUACUGCGCAAACUGAAGAUUUAUCCGUGACUGCGUCUCAAAUCAGGAGAAUGCUCGUCGGGGACUCGGCCCGGACCAGCCUUGUUGUUGUCAACGAUGAGGCGACCAUAAAUGAUAGCCGUCGUAUUGAGCUGAGUCCCGUCCAAAGCAAUUCAAAGCCCAACAUAUCUGAUGUCGAUCGUCUUAAAUCUGGAAAUCCUUUGGGGCUGGCGCAUGACAUCAAGAUUUUCGUAUACGAGCUUCCGCCGGAGUUCAACACUGAUUGGCUUUCAGAUGCGCGGUGCUCCAAUCAUCUGUUCGCAGCUGAGGUAGCUAUUCAUCAGGUGCUUCUCAAAAGCCCUCUGCGAACUUUGAACCCGGAGAAAGCCGACUUAUUCUUCGUACCAGUUUACGUGUCGUGCAACUUCAACCCCAAGAAUGGUUUUCCUUCUUUGUCACAUGCUCCGGCCAUGAUGAAAGAAGCAGUGAACCUGAUAUCUAGCGCGGAGGUGUACUGGAACAGAAGCGGAGGAAGUGAUCACAUAUUCGUUGCAGCUCACGAUUACGGAGCUUGCUUUCAUGCAGUGGAAAAACAAGCAGUGGCAGCUGGUAUUCCCGAAUUUCUGCGGAAUUCAAUCUUGCUUCAGACCUUCGGAAGACGAGAUGGGCAUCCAUGCCAAGAGGUUGAGAAUAUCCAGAUACCUCCAUACGUGGCUCCACAGGUGAUAAGAAAGUACACGACAUCACCACCAGAGAAUCGAGAACGUGAUAUUCUUGCUCAUUUCAGAGGGAAGCUGGAACUACAUCCCAGAAAUGUGAGCGGCCAGCUCUACAGCAAGGGUGUGCGGACCCGAUUAUGGCAAAAAUUCAAGCGUGAUAAGCGAUUUUUCUUACGACGAAAGAGGCAAGACGGUUACCAGUCGGAGAUGCUUCGUUCCGUCUUCUGCCUAGCGCCCCUGGGCUGGGCCCCGUGGAGCCCUCGCAUCGUGGAGGCUGUCAUGUACGGCUGCGUGCCUGUGAUUAUCGCGGAUAGCAUCUCCCUGCCCAAUUCACAUGCGGUCGACUGGCCCAGCAUUUCCUUGACUGUCGGAGAAUCAGACGUGGACAACUUGCGGAGGAUUCUUCUGCGAGUUGUUGCCACUAAUCUUACUACCAUUCAACACAAUCUGUGGCAGGAAAGGAACAGACGUGCACUCCUGUACACGCAACCGCUUGUACACGGUGAUGCUACCUGGCAGAUCUUCAAUCUCUUGUCGCAGAAGGUAUCUGAAAGAAAAUUCAAGCUCACAAGCAACGGGGCUACUACUGCUGCAAUCUAAGAUUCCUGCAAACAACUCCACCUCGCGCUCUUUCUGGUUCUCGCCACGGGCAUCGUUCGAGCGUGUUCCUCCAUCGAAACUACUCAAAUUUCUAGCUCAUUAUCACACUUUUUUGGCGUUGACAUCGUCGACCACGGCCAGUUGUAACCUAUGAUCCAUUGACCAUAUGUCCUGUACAGCCUGUAAAAUUAGUUUCUCCUCCUCUCUCUCCAGAAAAUAGGAGCACAGCCCACUCUUAGAAAAGAAGAGGUAUCAAUACCUAUGCCUUCAUCCUUCAUGCCUUCCCGAGAAUUGUAUGAUACACGAGAGAUGUUAGGGUGAACCAUGGUUACCAUUUUGGAUAGACAAAUUAGUUUCAUCUUACAGAUUUUUCCGAGCUUCCUUAGCAAUAUUUAUAGACAUUCGAGCUAAAGUGUAUGUAGAAGAGACUUGUGCAUAAUUAUAGGGCUUUUACGAUUAGGUUUAGCUUGCCCACUAUACGCCAUCCGAUCCGGGCUCUCAGAUCAGGUUUGGAUUUGACUGCAGGAGACAGUCCUCGGAUACUGCAGCCAUCUUAAGCUGAUCUUUGCAACCCUCGAUAAUUUUUGUCACCAUAAUAUUGUAGAAGCUACCUCGAAGAGAUUGAGUACGAUUACAGAGAUUUUGUUCUAGGUCUUUUAUAUUAAUCCCUCCAGCGGCUUUGCAUACAGUGUCGUCGAUAGGUCGCACAUGUUAGCGCUCAUAAUCAAAGAGGAUAUGACGUUGAGAAUGCAGUAAACAUCUUGUGGAUUCCUCCCAUCAUUAAUCGAUGCAUUACUCUCGGUUCAGCACCGACA